CCUCCGGCUGCGCCUCCUCGCGCUCUUCGGUCUCCAGGCGGCAGCGCCUGUUGAAAACUUUACAGCUCGAAAGUAAAACCUUCCACGCACACAUCCACUCCCGCUGUGCCGGAUCCAAGUAAGUUCUGCCGUUUUCAGCCUAGUUUGAGGAGUUUGGUUUGACUUUUAGUUUCACUGGCGAUGCUUCCGGACUGGAUCUUCUCUGGGACACAUCCGAGCCUGACAGAUACCCAACCAUUACGCGAGGAAAGCCUUGAAACCGGAAGCAGAACUUGCAUGUCCACUGAAAUUUAAAGCUAGAUUUCAGCACUUUUUGACUGAAUUACGAAGGAAAGAUGGAUAGAUCAUUCUGGAUCACACCGUUUACCUUCACGGCUUAGACAACCAUGGUGCUGCUGAGGCUGCUGUGUGUGUGGCUGUGCAGUGAGGUCGUCGCAAGCCAACUUCACUGGCAUAAGACAAAGACAACUUUCAGUCCUCUUCAUGAAUCCACCGGCGCAGACAAGAAUGCGCCUACCCGGCGAUGGCGCACAGUCAGCUGGGAGGACAGCCGAAAAAUGCGCGGUGCCAAUGCGCAGGCCUCGUGCCAGGAUGCUGCACACACAUCAUCCGAGCAACAUAUGAAGAACACGCCAAAUGGAACCGCGCUCAUCCAACACACGGACGGCAAUAAGGCUGAUAAGCCGAGAAAAAGUGGAUGUAGAAACGGAAAAGUGCUCCAACAAGCCCCACAUGGACACGCCUUCAAACGCCGCACGCGCAAAUACAAACGGCCGCACGAGCGGGAUCCCAGGUCGGGCAGGUUGAGGCGAAGCGAGCCGCUGCAGGGCGCGUGGAAGACUCUGCCAGCGGCCAUGGCUCAGGAGCAGCAGUCUGGACCCUCCGCUGAAUUCAACGCCAGCGACUAUGAGGACGAGUACUCUCUGCCGGACCUUCCUGGCAGCACGCCUUCCAUGCCCGUGGACACCCUGACCAGACGCAGGCAGCCGAAGAACCCGUUUUACCCGGUCACCGCGGAGUCCUACGGUGCGUACGCGGUCAUGAUCAUCGCCGCGGUCAUCUUCAGUGUGGGUAUCAUCGGGAACGUGUCGGUCAUGUGCAUCGUGUGUCACAACUACUACAUGAGGAGCAUUUCCAACUCGCUGCUAGCCAACCUUGCGUUAUGGGAUUUCGUGAUCAUCUUCUUCUGUCUGCCGCUGGUGGUGUUUCACGAGCUCACCAAGAACUGGUUGUUGGGAGAGUUUUCCUGCAGGAUCAUACCCUACCUGGAGGUAGCAUCUCUCGGGGUCACAACCUUCACACUGUGCGCUCUGUGCAUCGAUCGUUUUCGAGCAGCCACCAAUGUGAAGAUGUAUUAUGAGAUGAUUGAGAAUUGGGCUUCCACCACAGCCAAGCUGGCUGUCAUCUGGGUGGGGGCUUUGCUUCUGGCUUUGCCCGAGCUGCUGCUCCGCCAGCUGGUGACUGAGGACGACGACCCGCCUGAUGUGACACCCUGUGAGCGCUGUGUGGUUCGGAUAGCCACCAAACUACCGGACACAUUGUAUGUUCUAGGUCUGACCUACGAUGGGGCGCGCCUCUGGUGGUACUUUGGCUGCUACUUCUGUCUGCCGACCCUGUUCACCAUCUGCAGCUCACUGGUCACCGCCCGCAAGAUCCGUCAUGCCGAGCGGGCCUGCGUACGGGGGAGUAAGAAACAGAUCCAGCUGGAGAGCCAGAUGAACUGUGCCGUAGUGGCAUUGGCCAUCCUCUAUGGUUUCUGCAUCAUACCGGAGAACAUAUGCAACAUUGUCAGCAUGUACAUGGCUGCCAGCGUUCCCAGGAGAACGCUGGACAUCCUGCAUCUUGUCAGCCAGCUGCUGCUUUUCUGCAAGUCUGCAGUGACGCCAGUGCUGCUGUUUUGCCUGUGUCAGCCGUUUACCAGAGCCUUCCUGGACUGCUGUUGCUGCUGCUGCGAUGAGUGCGGCCCGCCACGCUUUCCUGCCGCUGGGGACAUGGACAACGAGUGCACCACCACCGAGCUGGAGCUGUCACUGUUCAGUACUAUCAGAAGGGAACCCUCCACUUCGGCUUCUUAUUCUGUGGUGGGGACACACUGCUGAGUCAGAGGUUAAAGAUCAGAGUUGUAGAUAAAGCAACCAAAACUGUCAAAUUUACUCCUGACAGACUCCAGAGUGCAGGAGUCUGUCCAUCCAUUGUUUACAGACUUUAUGUGAAAGAACACAGUCAGUAUUAUUAUUAUUAUUAUUAUUAUUAUUUUUUAGUAAACGCACCAGUUUUUUUUUUCUGAACCUGGAUUCAGCAUUAGUUUUGUCACUGUAUUUUCCUUUUUUUUUUAUCAAUUUGUUUACAUAAUGCAAUAAAAUAAUUUGGUUUUCUAGAUUCUAAUUGGAGUUCAGGUCUUAUUAAAGUAGGCAAGAAGUUUGACAGUGGAUUCCCAAAUUUUAAACUUUCUUAUGCCUUUAUUACUAAAAAAUUUGUAAUUUACCAGCAGUUUUGCCUAAUUUUUUAUAUCUACAUAUAAUAUAUGUACAUUCCCUCUUUUUCUUGGAAACUGUCAUGGUUAGUCCUGAUAUAAAAAUGUUGCAGCCAUAAUGAGACAAGCAUAAAAAAAACUUAAUAAUAAAUUGAGAACAGCU